AUGCUGGGCCCGCUCGGGCUUUGGACACUGCUUCCCACGUCUGUGCAAGCACCCCCAAACAGGAGGACCUGUGUGUUUUUUGAGGCUCCUGGCGUGCGAGGAAGCACAAAGACACUGGGGGAGCUGCUAGAGGCAGGACCGGGACCUCCCAAGGUUAUCCGCUGCCUCUACAGUCGCUGCUGCUUCGGGAUCUGGAAUUUAACCCAAGACCAGGCACAGGUGGAGAUGCAAGGAUGCCGAGACAGCGACGAGCCAGGCUGCGAGGUGCUCAGUUGUAACCCCAGCGCCCGAGCCCACACUGGCCCUGGCUCCACUCUCUUUACCUGUUCUUGUGGCGCAGACUUCUGCAAUGCCAAUUACAGCCAUGUGCCUCUGCUGGGGAGCCCUGGAAUUCCUAGCCCCCAGGGUCCCCAGGCUGCCCCAGGUGAGUCCCUGUGGAUGGCACUGGUGCUGCCGGGGCUGGUUCUGCUGCUGCUGCUGCUGCUGGGCAGCAUCGUCGUGGCCCUACUACAGCGGAAGUCCUAUGCAGUGCAGAGCCGGCCAGAGCCAGAGGCAGACUCCCACAGGGACUGGAGUGAGGAGUUACCGGAGCUGCACCAACUAUGCUUCUCCCAGGUCAUCCGGGAAGGAGGUCAUGCAGUUGUGUGGGCUGGGCAGCUGCAAGGAGAGCCAGUGGCCAUCAAGGUCUUCCCCCAGCGGGCUGUGGCCCAGUUCCAAGCUGAGAAAGCAUUGUAUGAGAUGCCGGCCCUGCAGCACAACCACGUUGUCCGCUUUGUUGCUGCUGGCCAGGGGGGCCCCAGCCCCCUACCCUCUGGGCCUCUGCUGGUACUGGAGCUGCACCCGAAGGGCUCCCUGUGCCAGUACUUGGCCCAGCACACCAGUGACUGGGGAAGCUCUCUGAGGAUGGCAUUGUCGCUAGCCCAGGGCCUGGCAUUUCUCCAUGAGGAGCGCUGGCAGGAUGGCCAAUACAAGCCAGGGAUCGCCCACCGAGACCUGAGCAGCCAGAAUGUGCUUAUUCGGGAAGAUGGGUCGUGUGCCAUCGGAGACCUGGGCCUUGCACUGGUGCUCCCCGGCUUUGCCCAGCCCCCAGCCUGGGCUCCAGCUGAACCCCGAGGCCCAGCUGCCAUCAUGGAGGCUGGCACCCAAAGGUACAUGGCACCAGAGCUCCUGGACAAGUCUCUGGACCUCCAGGACUGGGGUACGGCCCUCCGGCGAGCUGACGUCUAUUCUCUGGCCUUGCUCCUCUGGGAGAUCCUGAGCCGCUGCCCAGAUCUGAGGCCCGACAACAGACCACCACCACCCUUCCAACUGGCCUAUGAGGCAGAGCUGGGCAGCGCCCCCUCCACCUGCGAGCUGUGGGCCUUGGCUGUGGAAGAGAGGAGACGGCCCUGCAUCCCAGACUCCUGGCGCUGCUUUGUCACAGAACCCGGAGCACUGAAGGAGCUCCUGGAAGACUGCUGGGACCCAGAUCCAGAAGCGCGGCUGACGGCCGAGUGUGUACAGCAGCGCCUGGCCACCAUGCUUCACCCCCCGCAGCCCUUCCGGGAGGGAUGUCCACUCAGCCACCCCGAAGACGAGUCAGCCUCAGCUCCUGCCCCUGUCCUUCUCCCUGGCAGAACUAAACAGCCAGGCCCCAGCUCCCAGAAACCCCAACCUGCUGGCACCAUUUCUCACAUGUAA